AUGCCCGAAGAUCUAAACUGCCAAGCAGGUGAGGCUCUGCUCUUUACAAGCAACGAAGAGUUUCUCCUUACAUUUCUAGGACCUCAACGAGACCAGUGUCUUAUACGCCUCGGAAAUGGCAAUCCGGCUGGAGAGUUUGGCGGUUGCUUCACAGUGCGGCAGGUCGAUAAGGGCAACAAUGGCAACGGCGGCAACGGCAACAACGGCAACGCCAACGCCAACGCCAAAGGCAAAGGAAAUGGAAAGAAAGGCAACGCCAACGCCAGCGGCAACGGCAAUGGCAACGACGGCAACGGCAAGAAAGGCAACAGCAACAACGCCAGAAAAUCCCAGGCCAACAAGGCCCAGGGCCCUAAAAGACGCCAGGCCAGGAGAGCCAACAAUGCAGGAAACAAGAACAGUCUUGAGAAUAGAGCUGGUGUGCCGGACACGGGGAAAAUUGCCGAGGAACAGAAGAAGAAUAAAAUUGCAUUGGGGGAGACUUUACAGCAGCUGAGAAAGCAGAAUGGGGUCGCCGGCAAUGGCAAAAACGCAAACGGCAACAACGCCAACGGUAACAACGCCAACGCCAACGCCCAAGACAACGGCAGCAAGUCUAAGGACAACAAGGGCCCAGGUGGCAAAGGACAACAAGGCCCAGGGGGUAAGGCCAAGGGCCCAGGGGGUAAGGCCAAAAGCCCAGGGAGCCAAGGACAACAAGGCCUAGGGGGUAAGGCCAAGGGCCCAGGGGGUAAGGCCAAAGGCCCAGGGAGCCAAGGACAACAAGGCCCAGGGGGUAAGGCCAAGGGCCCAGGGGGUAAGAACAAGGCCCCAGGGCCCCAGGGCAACAAUGUCAAGGCCAAGGUCGCAGGGGGAAAGGGCAAUAAGGCCUAG